GCGUCUUGUCCUAAACCACCACUAUGUCGAAGCAUCAUCCCGAUCUUAUUAUGUGCAGGCGUCAGCCAGGCAUCGCCAUCGGUCGUCUAUGCGAGAAAUGUGACGGGAAAUGCCCGGUAUGUGACUCGUACGUUCGUCCCGAAACGCUCGUCCGGAUCUGUGAUGAAUGCAAUUUUGGGACGUACGGUGGUCGUUGUAUCAUCUGUGGUUCUCCUGGUAUCUCUGACGCAUAUUACUGCGCCGAAUGCACGAGACUGGAGAAGGAUAGGGACGGAUGCCCAAAGAUCGUGAACCUAGGAGCCAGUCGAACGGAUCUGUUCUACGAACGGCGUCGUCUCGGCUUCAAGAAGGGCUAGUCAUCUGUGGCUAGGAGCCUGCGGUGCUCGAAUCCUUUCGAUGGCCAACAUACCGCGUGGAACACGUUCGCUCGGUCAAAAUAUUGCUGGAUCCACCGUCAGCCGGACUCGGCUUUCCUCUUCACUAAAUCUUCCCAUUUCGCCUGUCUGGUCUGUUUGAGAUGUACCACGCUAUCUGUAAUAUGACACCUUCAUUGUUC